CGAGUGCAGCAGCGAUAGCAAAGCAGCAAGCAGCCAAGCAUCUCUCGAGGAGGUAGGGAGGGAGGACGAGAAGAGAGAGAGCGGACGAGAAGAGAGAGUGAGCGAGGCGGGACCCCACGCAGGAAACAUUCACGCACCACCGAGUGACGAUCGGACGGACACUUGUUCCGACCUCACCGAGGGGGAUCAUCGGAAGCAGCAGGCGCCGCGAAAGAGCCACGAUGACGACAACCCGUGUGGUUAUGCUCACCUUUCUGCUUGCCGCAGCUUUGUCAGUGUCUGGCAAAGUCACUGAGGAAUCUAUGACACUGUUCCUGGGCGAGGACUUCCACAUCCUGCUGCACGCACCUGGGCUGGAUGUGACGUUUCGCUCGACCUCGCGCUCACCCGAAGUGGUCCUGAUGCGUGGUGGCCUGGCGGUGGGCAAUCGGGCCAAGAUAAACCUCCACCUCAGCCACCUGGUGGUCGAUUCGCUGGUUGAGGGAGACGAGGGCGUCUACACGGUGAAGAACCUCGAAGACCCCGAGGACGUCCAACGCAUCAGGCUCUUUGUUCGGGAUUGCUACAACGAGCAGAUGUUGAAAUAUGGCGAAAACUACCGGAUUCCGCUGCUGGAGGUGACGCCGCCCAUCACUCUGGAGCACAGGACCAGCGCGGUGGAGGCCAAUCUGACUUCCAGACCGGCCCAGAUGCUGCUGACCAAUACAGGAAAGACCCGGGAAGGCUACGAAGGUCGCAUCGAGGUCAGCGACCACAGUGUGCUACUGAGGUCGGUGACGGGGGCCGAUGACGGCAGCUACACAGUAAGGGAUGCUCGGGGGAGCGUUCGGGUCAAAAUCUGUCUCCAAGUCAUUGAACACCAGCACUUUGUCAACCUGCAUCACGGAGAACGACUGAAGAUCAACCUGAUGCUCAACAGCUCUGCCGUGCAACUCUACUACAGUGCCGACACGGACCACCAAAUGCGCCUUCUCAUGGACCGAGGAGACUUCACUAAUGCCCAAUCCAAGCUGGGCUUUGAGGGUCGCCUCUCCCUGGAGAACUCUGUGGUCUUUCUGGAUAAAGUCAAGCGCUCCGAUGAAGGCCUCUUCAAAGUCACCGACGCGCUGGGGUACCCUGUGUCCAGCGUCCACAUGGAGCUCAAACCCUACAAGCUGGAGUCCAUCUACGUGGCCAUCAUCGCCUUGCUGAGCCUUCUGGUCUUCCUCCUUCUGGCCUGCCUGCUAUCUUGCCUGAUCAAAGUCCAGAAGAGGUCCAAGAGGUCUGCCGCCUUGGAAAAGAUCGCCCAGAACGCUGGCAAGGAGGACGAGGGCGAGGCCUUCAGACAGGUGGUUAAGAACAUCACUAAACUGAGCGAGGAGUCCAAACAUUCGCAGGCCGACAACACAGAGAAAUCUCAGAGCACCGAGGUGGACAUUAAAGGCUUGGAGGUUUCUUCUAAGGAGGUUGGCAUCGGCAACCUGGACACCAGCGACUCGGGUGUCGGCUUCAACACCGCCCUGCCGCUGGACACUGACACGGAGGCCCCCGAGCAAGUCCCCGACUCAGAUGCCGUGAGCAUUUCCGUCGCCCCGGAUACCAAAUCAAGCGCUCCGCCGCCGCCAGUCACGGAGGUAAGGUCCGGUCCGGUGGCCGAAACCGAGCCAAGUGCCCCGGCAGUCGUGGAAGCGAAACCCGAAGGCGUCGAGGCGCCCCUCGAUUGCCCUCAUGUGCCCAAAGCGGUCGACGUCAAGCCCGGCCCGGGUUUGAGCCCGGGACCCGAGAGCCCAAAGCCCGUCGCCGCUACCUCGGUGCCUGAGUCAGCUACCCCUAAAGCCCCGAGUCCGGCUCUGGAACCUCCAAAGGUGCUUUCAUCUGCCGCCCGCAUGGCCUACGAGCCUCCCUCCGACGACGACCACAUUCCCUUCCUGACAGAGCCUCUCCCCAAUGGCACCCCUGAGCCGGGCCCAGGGCAAGCUAAUUUUCUCGGUGGUUCCUCUCGGUAAGCGGUUCCCUCGACAGCCCCCAAACAUGAAGAUUCCACCACCGGAGGCCUGACUGCUCACAUGGGAAAGCCCUACCCUGCCUCGUUCUGCCCCGCCCGGCGCCACGCCCCCACCAUCGGUUUUGACAAUCAAAGCCCCUCCUCAUGGCCGAACAUCGCAGAUGAAAUCCGUAUAUCAUUUUGUAACACUUUUGUAUUUCUUCUUGCAGGCUUUUUGGGGAAGUUCUCUCCACAAAACUGCCAGGCUGCAAAUGCAGAGUUUACAAGUAGAAAAUCCACCCCUAGAUAAUUUUUAACAACAGGUUGCACACUUCACCGUCACUAACCCCCGCCCCCAACACACGCAUACACACACAUACGCACACACACACACACACACACACACACACGCGCUGACUCCAGCUUUGUAAAUAUUGCAUGUGUACACGGCUUAAUCAACACUAAUUGAGUUUUGAGUAUAUGGAAUGGUUAUUGUAUAAUAGUAAAUGAUAAAGAAGACAAGUCCUUUCAAUUCAUCCGCAACUUUGAAACAAAUAGCUAAUGUAUAUCGCGCACCAAUAUUCACAAAUGCAUUGAGCUCAUUUAAAAGGCAAACCCUGAUGAAAUGUCAAAAUGCUGUUUUGGAUUUCUUUCAUGUUGUGUUCCUAUGUAACUGAUGUCAUUGAAUGCAGCACGGCCGAGAAACACAAGGCCGGCUUUUGUCACCCCCACUCGACACGUGUUGUGUUAAGUGCUUUGAUGUGCAUCCGUGUGACUUUUGCCUUACACGAGGUCUUGAGCGUCAAUGUGUCACAAAAGGUGAACAGUAAAAGUUGU